GAUCAUCGUUCGAAAAACAUGGGAAUGAAGGAAGGAGAGGUGAGGAAGAUCGCUGGCGAUGGUCUCUCGGUGAAUCUAUGUUCCAACAAGCAGAUCCUCGAGAUCACCGGCGACGGAUGCGACAUUUCGAUGUCGAAGAACCGAGGUAGCGUGAAAGUAAUCGGCGACGGUUGUCGAUUGAGGAUCGACCAGAACAUGGGAGACGUGGAGUACACGGGGGAUGGUGGACAGGUUCUUUUGGGUCCAAAAUCGAUCAAGGAUAAAGUAAAGUAUCACGGCGAUGGCGGUAGAAUAAAGUUCGACGUUGAGUUGAGGAUGAGAAACCGGAAGUCGGAAGUUUCGAAGGAGGAGACGGUAAAAGGAAUGGACGAAGGAAGGAGGAGGUCCGAGGAAAGCGAGGAUGCCCUGAAGAAAGAGAAUUCGCAGGCGGAGAACGAGGAAAAGAAAAAGAAUAGAAGAAAAGAGAGACGAGACGAUUUGGGUGGUAAGGAGGAGAAGAAGGGAAGAUCGACGAGGACUAAGAUCGUUACGACAUUUGUAUACGACGAAAAGAUCGUGAAAAAGUGGUUCACGAAUCCGGAAGCGUCCACCAGGACUUUGAAUGGAGUGUCCUCCGUGAGGAUCGUGCCGAAUAAAACGAAAACGAAAAUCGAGGUGAAAUAAAGGAGAAAAUGUGACAAACAACGGGAAAAUUGUACGAUUCUAGGAGAGCAUUCUAAAUCAGAACCCAACCGAAUGGUUCUUAACCAGAGAGGUGCAUGCUCGAUCGAUAGUGGUAGAUUUAUCGUAGUAAUUAAUCACCUGAGUCUUGAAUUCCUAUUUUGACUAGUACCGAAAUUGUUCGAUUUCGAUUUUCACGAUACGCAUUUGGAAAAGACGAAGUUUGACUUAAAAUCAUGAAAUACUGAUUUCAAUAGUCGAACCACGUCGAGGAAAAAAUUAAAAAAACGGGGAAAACGUAAGAAAUGCUGUGUUAAAUUCUCGCCAUCUAAGUCUGAUUUGAAGUUCCUACACGUGGACGGAGUUGGAACUGUUAAAACAUUGAGAAGGAUGAUCUGAUCGUGGAUCGAACGUUUGCGUAAAACUGACUAGUGCGAAGAUACUUCCUCGAUGAUUCUUCGUGGAAGAACUUUUCGACGAAAUCUGGGAUGUCCGGAAUCGAGUAAUCGCGAGAAAACGUAGAUAAAAGACAUCGGCGAUAUCGUGAUCGAUCAAACUAAUACCAGGGUUUCUUCCAUUUCUCGUUUCAUCCUUCUUAUAAAACGGUGUCAGGUAAAAACAAGGAAAUAUUUGAUAAAUAUCUCAGCGAAAAAUAAUUUAAUUGUAUUUUCCUUUUAACUAUAAUUCUCUUAGUUCCUAAUCGUGAAUUUCGUUUGUUCAUCUCGUAGAGACAAAGAUAUCGAACAUUUUCAAACAAAUUUGUAAUUUUUUUACGUCUUAUGUGUACAUGUUGUAUAGAUCAUAAUAAUUCAAUCGUCAACUGUAAUUAAUUUUAUAAUUUGUUAAUUACGAAUGUUCCGUUUAAUUACUUAUUUAUUAGAGAUAGAUAAAUAAUCGAGUUAAUUUGAAAAUGCCCAAGUACGAUCUACUUGUUCGAUAGUCCAUCCAUUUACAUUCUAAUAAUUACGAUAAACGCCCAUGAAAUAUUUAUAAGCAAUUAACAAUUGUACAUGUGAUCGAUAUUUCAGUAUUUCAUUAUUUCUUAUCUACUUAUCGUUAUCGUUGUCGGACAACUCAUACGGACAGUACAAACUAUAGAUGGUAUAAACACGUUCCAUAAACACGAGCGAUAAUGAACCUCGCGAAAUACUUAAUUACUAGUCAAAAACAAGUAGAAAAAUAUACCGAUACGAUUUAGUAUCUCUCGCUUAUUUUUUACUCGGCUAUUUACGUGGUUAUUUACGAGCUUCUAAGUUAGGAACUUUUAGCGAGCUUACUUUAUAUUCGACCGAUAUAUGUAUUUGCGUAUGGCGAAUUAUAUACCGAUCUAAUUGUCAGCGAAACUUUGUUGUCAUCGGUGAAAACUUGGAAUUACGCUAUGUUUUCUAUAGAUUCCGACCACUUAAGAAGAAAAGAAGAAGAUAAAUUGGAUUUCUAUCAUUUUAGAAAAUUCUGUAACCAAAGAUCUAUCGGUCUAAAGGAAAUUUCCAUCGACAUCGCCAGUAUUAGUUCAAAUAUUUGAAAUACAGAUGUACGCAAUUAAUAAAAUAGUUGGCAAUUUUUGACUGGUUGUCUAUUUCAGUGCACGUGUAGCUAAGGAAAUUAAAAGAUACCAAGUAUCAAAUGGAAGAUGCGCGUUUGUCUAAUAAAUUACGUAUUAUAGAAUCAAAGUUUCUCCCAUUAUUUUCCUGUAUAUACCUCGCUUUCGCUCCCUUCGAUACCUAAAUUUAUUUCCUUCGAUUUCGCAGCCUUUGAAUUCUCAUAUUUCACUUUUGCGUUCCUGUCUCAACGCAGAUCUUCGAGUAGACUUUCUUCGCGUGUAUUAACAACGAUUCUAACGAUCAUAUUUUCCAAAAAGCUACAAUAUUUUUUAACGAUAAAAAGAAACUGGCCAAAAGGUGGACCAAAAACGUAGCAACAAAGUUUUCGCAUCGUAACACGACCGCUGAUCGAUAUUUUAAUCGUACGACACCGGAGUAUCUGCCGUAAAGGUAUCGAGAAGAAGAGCGAGGUUCGCGAUGCAGGGAGUCGCAUGAGAAUUUCGUGACUUUCACCGGUCGAUUGGCGCGCGAAAAUAAAAUCCGUGUAGGUGACCGCGCUCCAUGGGAACGGUGUAUGAUCGAUAGGGGCCGCGUGUCUGCGGUAAAUCAUCGCCAAACAUUCGAUAUCCGCGAGUUCGUCGAGUGGCACGGCUGGUUCUGGGUAUGCAAUAACCGUCGUACAUCUGCCGGAGGUUUCUCUGUUCGAAAUGGGUCGCGACACGCUGACGAAAUUACGAAUCGUGCGCGAAUAGCCUCCGAUCGAUGCUCGAAUAAAUUUAUACGACUGCUAUUCGCUUUCAGAAGCUUUGUCUAUCGGUUCUUAUUAGAGGUAUCAAGAUUUAACGACUCGACGACGAGAUAUCGAUCUUUCCCUCAUUUUCAAAGGUAAGAGAUUCGUUCAACAGCCAAUCCGAUAUCAAGUUACUAACUUAUUAAUUCAACCUAGAGGUAGAUCGUUAACUUGUUAAGUUAGUUUCUUAUUAACUGGGAAAUGUGGUAACUUACAAAUUUGCCAAUUCGUUGAUCCAACUCGGAGAUUCGUAUACAAGAUGGCAAAGGAAAUAUUAUUCGACUAAUUUCUCGUGUAUAGCAAAUACGUAACAACCCCUAAUACUGGUUCCACUUACUAAUGCAAUUCCUAUUGUACGAAGAAAGAUCAUAGAUAGUAGGUUAAACAAACUCCGAUUAUACGAAUUACUUGCACCAGGUUCAUGCAGAUAAAGUAUCGCUGUAUUUUUGGCCGCAUCGUGGUUAUACAGGCUGGUUGGUAACUGGUGGUACAAGCGAAAAGGGGAUGAUUCUUCGCGAAAAAAGAAGUCGAAAAUAUAGAAUAAAAAUGUUUCGUUCGAGGCUUUGUUUUCGAGAAAAUCGACUUUGAAUUUUCGCUCGGUACGCGCGCGGUACGUUAUAACGGAUCUCACUGUAGAUCGUUGCCUCGAUGGAAAAAUUGAAAAAAAAAAAAAGAAAAAAGAAUUAAAAAAGAAGA